UGGCAUCAUUUAACAGAUACCACAGCUGCCGUGUCUCGUCAGGGUCUGAUCCUCUCUGUCAAUGGGUAGUCAGCACAAUCACGAUGGAGCGAUCCGAAAGACAACCAGUCUUGUGCAUCUUGAAGACGUGGCAGAAGAGCAGACGGAGAUUGCCGAGAGGGACGAAGAUCGUCGGUGUGGAGAGCAAGAUAUCAGCUCGGAUGCUGCCAAGGCUGUAAUCGUUCAAAAUGACCUGAUCGAAUCAGAAGCCAAACGAGUUCCUACGUCUAGUAAGGAGUAUUGGUGCUACUGCGUCUUCUGUUUCGCGCAACUUGGAACAGGCAUAGGCACGGACGGUGGUGCGCUACGUCAAGCUCUGACGAGCCUCGCUUGGCCCACCGGAACUAUCCGCUGGGGUCGGCAUGAGAUCCCCUUGAAUGUGUUUCUUCUUGACCUCAACGGGCUACUGUACCUCAUACAGAUGAUCGUUUUGUUGGUGCUCGGGUCAUACGCUGAUUACGGAAGGUGGAGAUAUUGGCUGUUGAUGAGCUUUGACGCAGUUCUCAUCUGCUGCAUGCUAGGUUUGAGUACCCUUAAGCAGGCGGCGAGCUGGAGGAUAGCUCAGCUCCUCUGGAUGAUAGGCUGCCUGUCCAGUAACAUUCUCGGAACAUUCUUCAACGCGUCGUUCCCCGAGCUGGUUCGGAAUCUGCCUCGGGUGCAAGCCUCUGAGAAUGCUGUUAGAUCAGGCCAGAAGAGUCCAGAGGAUCACGCGGAGAUGGACAUGCUAGAAAGAGCCACACUGUACAACUGGGUCAACACGAUCGGCUCAGCAUCAGUCGUCACCGCAUCCAGCAUCGCAGUCUGCUUAUCUCAGGCACUUGGCACCGGCAAAGAACAACUCAUCACGACGUAUCGCGUCUUAUUGGCCUAUUUUGCAGCGAUGACUCUGCUGUUCAGUCUUCCAUACCUGGUGACGUCCAAAAGAAGGCCAGGAGCGAAGAUGCCUAAAGGGUCCAGAUGGUGGUCACUCGGUCCAAAGCAGAUCUAUCUGGCUGCCAAACACCUGAGAUACCUCCGUCAAUGCUUCUUGUAUCUUCUGGCAUACUUUCUGCUCUGCGAAGCUUUCGGCACCUCGGGUGGCCUUGUCUCCAUUGUUCAGAACGAGGUUCUUGACUAUUCUCCUGGAGCGAUCAAUACACUCGCCAUGCUUAGUAACAUCUCUGGUGGUACCGGCACAUUCGCCUGCCUCCUUGCUCAGAAACGAUGGCGUUUCACCAUUAAACAAGGCGUCUGCUACGGGGCUUUUAUGGCUUGUCUCCCGAUCAUGUGGGGAGCCAUAGGACUAUACACGAGCAAGAUCGGAUUUCACAACACUUGGGAGUUUUGGAUACUACCUUUCUGGAACUUCCAUACGGCAGCAUGGGGCUCGUAUAAUAUCUCAAUGAUCACAGAGGUCGUACCAGCGCCUAAAAUGUUCCUCUUCUUUGCGCUGUUCAGCGCAGUAGGGAAGACAAGCGGGUUCAUCGGACCUCUCGUCACAUCAUACAUCAUUGAAGCCGCUGGUGGCAACACCAACGUGGCCUUCGUGUUUUUGACCGGAGUCGGCUUAUUGGGGGUGUACUUCUUGUCAUGUGUCGACACUGAUCAAGCCAAGAUAGAUAAUGCAGAAUUUCUGCGACGGGAAGAGAUGGGCUUCGCGGAAGAGAGGGAGACUGAGACAUCACCAUUACUCCAAAGCUGAGCUAUGAGCAAAGAACAUGGCGUAGAAUGUCCACCCAAUUCGCUGUAGUAGUUGUAGUCAUACAUGUCAGUGCCGCUCGCCAC